CCGCAGUGUGGAGGCCGAGAUUCUUCCUUUGCAUCCUUCCCCUCCGAUUACACAAGGACUGAUAGAAUCAUGGAGCUGGAGAAGACUGAGAUUGAGCCACGGGUGGUGGAAGCUUCGACUGGCGACAACAUCAACCCAGCUCUAGAGAAGAAGCUCUUGCGCAAGCUGGACUGGAGAGUCAUCCCCGCUUUAUGGUUUCUGUUCUUGGUGUCCUUCAUGGACAGAUCGAAUAUCGGCAAUGCGAAAAUUGCAGGCAUGAGCAAGGAAUUGCACCUGGUCGGGAAUGAGUACAAUCUGGCUGUCACAAUGUUUACCGUCGCGUACGUUAUUUUUGGCAUGCCGGCAAAUCUGCUGGUCAAAAAGUUCGGGCCGAAGAUGCUGGUGCUGUAUAUGUUUACAUGGGGCCUUUUCGUGAUGGGUCAGGGUCUCGUCAAGACCGCGAGCGGACUUAUCGCUUGCCGCUUUUUUAUGGGAAUGUGUGAGGCUGGGUUUGUUCCAGGUUGCGCAUACUUGAUCGGAAGUUACUAUAAGCGCGAUGAGUUUCUUCGACGAUACGCCAUCUUUUUCAGUGCAAAUAUGGCCGCAGGAGCAUUCAACGGGCUCUUCUCGAGUCUUUUAACACCUUUGAAUCUGGACGGAUAUAAGGGAUGGCGUUGGCUCUUCUUGAUCGAGUCCAUCAUUACCAUGGGUGUCAGCCUCAUCUGCUACUGGAUUGUGGUCCCGUUCCCCGAAGACGCUACAUUCCUGACGGCCGAGGAGAAGACAUUGCUCCUUGCGCGCCUGAAGGCGGACGGCGGAAGUGUUCGCGACGACCCUAUUUCAUUCAAGCGGGUGAUCAGCAUGGCUAACGACUGGAAGAUAUGGAUAUGCGUGCUGGCCUACCUUGGGGCCGAAGAGAGCGCCAGCUCUCUCGUAAACUUUCAACCAACCAUCCUGAAGGAUCUUGGGUGGACUAGCCGCUCCGCUCAGGAACACACCAUUCCUGUCUAUGCCGUUGCCUUCGUCCUAACCCUAUCCUGUGCCUGGCUGAGUGACCAUUUGCGACACCGAUAUGUAUUCACUAUGAUUGGCUCCGUGUUGACGAUUAUCGGCUGGAGCGUCGAGCUGUCACAUGUGCAAUCUGCUGGCGUUCGCUAUAUGGGCAUAUUUUUCGUGGCAUCCGGAGCAUUCAUCAUGAUGUCUACGAUUGUGGUGUGGUUAUGCGUCAACUUGGGCAAAGGCGUGAAGCGCAGUGUUGGAAUGGGUCUGCUUCCUGCAUUCGGCAACUGCGGUGCCUUUGUGUCUGGCAACGUUUUCAUCACCAGUGAAUCGCCGAAGUAUCCGACCGGAUUCGGUGUUGGGUUGGCCUUUGCAGUGGUGGCCGGGCUGGCGUGCACGGUGUAUUUUUUCGCCUUGCAAGCGGAGAAUCGCCGCAGGGACGGCCAGCCGGCCAAGGAGGAAACAUCGGAGAUGGCGCCGGAGGCAGAUGACCUCGGGGAUGCCCAUCCGGAUUUCCGGUUUCAAUUGUAGGCUUAAUCUGUGUGGGCUACCACGAUCUAGCUUGGACGGGGCCAAGCUCAAUUGAUUAGAUCCACCAUGGCGUGGCCACUUUAAAGGUAUCUUGUACGGCUAUGUAUAAGGAUUACGCCUCGACAUCAUGUAGCCAACGUUGUUGUAGCACACAGUAGCCUAGGCUCUAGCUUUGAAAUAUGCAGCUCAAGCUAAUGUUGCG